AUGGUUAGCUAGAAGUCAUGGAUAAACAGUUGAAAUGGUUAGCUAAAAGUAAUGAAUAAAUGAUUGAAAUGUCCAGCUGGUAGUAAUAUGAAUGCAAACUUGACCAAACAGAUAUUGGCAGUUAAAUUGUUAAGUUAUUAUGACAGUAUAAGCUACAAUUAUAUAUAAUUAACAAUGUUAAACAUCAUUCAUCUGUAAGGGGCUGUGGAGGUAAUUUACUGUGUGUCACACAGAAAAGGUUGGCAACCACUGGUUAAGGAUAUAAUGUCUUUUUCAGUGGCACAUUAUCCUCCUCUGGCAACAACAUAAAACCUUUGCGGUCAAGUAAUUGUGGUUGACUGCAGUUAUUAAAUAAUCCACCCUUAGAGCCGCCUCUUGUGGAGUCACCACCUCUCAGAGUCAAACACGUAGCUGUCACUUAAAAUUGGUGCAAACAUAUGGUACUGCAAAGCAAUAUUGUACAUGCGGCUAAUACUGUGUAUCUACCUUAAAGUGUAUAUUCACUAUUUCAAGGUCAUGUUGAUUUUCAGAUCACAACAAAGUGCUGCGUGCUUUAGAGGAGCGGUUGAAGAGGGGCCGAUAAGAGGAAGAGAGAUGAAUGAAAUAGAUCAAAAUGAGUCUAGGAAUCAAAAUGAAAACAGAUGGAAUAGAGACAGAGUUGUCUGUUUUGGAUUUAUAUGGAUGGAUUAAAAAAGAGGAGUGUGUGUGUGUGUGUGUGUGUGUGUGUGUGGGGCUCACAGUUGCACUGGGUCGGUUCAUAAAGACUGACAGUCACACUGCUCACAGAGGUCAGCUUGACGGCCAAAAUCCUCCAUCACUCUCACUAUCUGAUGACGAGUGAAAGGGAGAGCAGACGGGUAAAGGAGUAUGUGUCUUUCACUUACUCAAAGAGGAACUGAGGACAAAGUAAGAAGUAAAAGAGGCUGAAGGAGCUCGAGCAUCUCAUUUAACCCCAGCAUGAUGGCAUUCGUGCAGCAGAUGCGUUCCCCUCCCCUUUCCUUUAUUCAGACGGUCUUGUCUCUCUUCCUGGGUGGCACAGCCAUCAUGUCCUCCUACUGGUGCGUUGGUAAACAGAAGGUGCCCAAGCCGCUGUGUUCGCCUGUCAAGCAAAGCAACUGCGUCCCCGUUCCCGGCAUGUCCAACUCCUCUGACAUCCAGAUCUCCUGGGAGACGGGCGAUGACCGCUUUAUCUUCCCCAUCUUCCAUACCGGCCUGUUUAUCACCUGUGAGGAGAACAUCUACAAGGACGCAUGGGAGGAGAAGUGUCGAGGGUUUCAUACUUUGACUCCAGGAUCUGAAAAAGCAAUGAUGUGGUUCUCGCUAUCAUUGGAGCUCAUGUAUAUCGGACUGCUGUUAAUCAGUUGCAUACUGCUGUCUGUGCAGUUGUGCAUCAGGGCCUGUUGUCCGUCCACACAGCGCUGGGGCCAGAUGCUCAACGCUUUUGCUGCCGUCUUCACCGUCCUGGGAGGUCUGCUUGGGAUGGUGGGUCACAUGAUGUUCAUGCAGGUGUUUCAGAUCACUGUCUCAAUGGGACCAGAAGACUUCAAGCCUCACAGUUACGGCUACUCCUGGGCGUUUUACGUGGCCUGGCUUGCCUUCACUGUCUGCAUGUCAGCCGGGGUCUCCACUCUGAACAACUACACAAAGAAGGUGCUGAUGGUGGGACCCCGGCGUAACUCCAGCCUCAACCGCUGCAGCUUUAACUUCAUGGGUCUUCUGCCACCAGCUCCUUAUUACACCCCCCCGAACCCAGCCAUCACCCUGGCCUGUCCACAAUCCCCCCCCCAGAUCUCCCAUUUGUCACCCUACUACGAGCCCCCGUCAGCUGCGUUACCACCCUCCACUCCGAGGCUCACACACUCCCACUCCCUUCCUCUCCCCCACUCUGACUCCUUCCCUGCUCACCCCUCCCACCCUGCGCCUGCAUCUCCAUUUCACCGCCUGUCCCUCCCUUCUCCAUCUCCCUCGCACGCCCGGUCCAUCUCCAUCCACAUACCCCUGCCGGGACACCAGGGGCACAUGUCCCCCCAUUAUGAGCCAGAGGAGGACUACAGCCCACUUUGAACAGACUGAAGUUUUUCCAUGAGCAGAGGACCUGUGCAGUUUGUUUGUAAUGGCCUUAUCAUGUGCUCUGAAUUUACAGUCAACAGUCCAAUGACCCAGUGAAUUCAGGUUAUUAGCUAUGAUCAUGAUCACUCUAAAGAAGGAACAUAUAGAUGUAAAGAGACCUGCUCAUUAAUGAUUUUUAAGCCUCAAGAUGAUCAAGACAGCCACUGUGUUAUUUAGGACUAAGAGUCUACAGCCAUGCUAGCAGCUCUAUUAGGACAGUGGUUCUUUGAGCUUAAUACUAACAUCAGCAUUGCAACAUGCUCAAACUGAUAAAGCCAGCAUGUUGAUUUACAGCAGGUAUACAUUUAGUUUAGAAUAUUAGCAUGAUAAUAUUAGCUAACUUGUAUUAAACACAAAGUACAGCUGAGCCUGAUGAGAAUGUCAAUAGUAUUGGACACAACAUUUUGAUGCCGCUAGAUGAUGAUAUGAUGCAAUCCAUCUAGUAGUUGUUGAGAUAUUUCAGUCUGGACUAGUGCUAAACUGACAGGCAUUGCCACCCUGGAGCCAUGCUGCUAGCACGGCUAGAAAACUAACAUUUUAGUUUGUGUAUAUAUACACAAUUUGCAAAUUCAUAGUUUAAAAAGUAGAUGUCUUGUUUUGGCUAAUGUACAAAAUUCAUAUUAAAUAAAUUUGAUAAUCAGACUGCUGGCUGUUUGAAACAUUUCACUUCUUUUUGUCUGCAAGCCUCAAAUGAAACGAUUCAUGAAUGAAUCAAAUGAAUGAAUCGUUCGAACAAAACAACCAAUAAAACAUA